AUGUGUGUUGAUUACACCAGUCUCAACAAUGCAUGCCCAAAGGAUUGCUACCCCCUCCCAAAGGUCGACCAGUUGGUCGAUGCAAUGGCCGGACACGCUCGCCUCUCAUUUAUGGACGCAUUUUCAGGAUACAACCAGAUCAGAAUGACGCCCGAAGACCAAGGACAUACGACCUUUCUCACCGAUCAAGGGGUUUACUUUUAUAAGGUCAUGCCAUUCGGACUAAAGAACGCUGGAGCUACGUACCAGAGAACAGUGAACAAGUUGUUCGCCCACCAAAUCGGGCGGAACAUGGAAGUUUACGUCGACGACAUGAUUGUAAAAAGCCAAGCGACAGAAACUCACCUUGCCGAUCUGGCCGAGACAUUCGCCACGCUGCGCAAGUUCGGCAUGAGACUCAACCCCGCAAAGUGUGUUUUCGGCGUCACCUCAGGAAAGUUCCUCGGGUUUAUCAUACACGAAAGAGGGAUUGACGCCAACCCGGAGAAGGUCCAGGCAAUCAUCGAUAUGCAGUCACCUCGGAUGAUCAAAGACCUGCAGCGCCUUAACGGGAGGCUCGCUACCCUGUCUCGGUUUCUCGCCCGAUCGGGUGAUCGCUGCCUCCCAUUCUUCCUGGCGCUAAAGAACCCAAAGAACUUCCAAUGGACGGCGGAGUGCGAAGAAGCCUUCGGGCAAGUAAAACAACACUUGGCCAGCCUACCCAGACUUGCCUUAGCGUCUUCCGGGGAGAAGCUCGGCCUCUACCUGGCUGCCUCCGGGCAUGUAGUCAGUUCCGUCCUGAUCAAAGAAAUCUCCGGCGAACAGCUACCGGUCUACUACAUUAGCCAUGUCUUGAACGGGCCCGAGGAACUAUACCCACUGGUUGAGAAACUGGCACUGGCGCUUGUGCUGUCAGCCCGGAAGCUGUGCCCCUACUUCCAAGCUCACCCAGUGGAGGUCAUCACCGACCAACCACUCCGGCAGAUUAUGUCUAAGUUUGAUGUUGUCGGGCGACUUCUCAAAUGGGCGGUGGAGCUCGGCGAGUAUGACGUGCAAUACGCGCCGAGAACCGCUAUCAAAGCCCAGUCCGUGGCCGACUUCAUCGCGGAAUUAACUCAGAUCGAGGACGUGGAUCUCGAGCAACCUUCUAAAGGAUGGGUCCUGCACGUGGACGGGUCGGCCAACUCGAAGGGCGCCGGCGCGGGGCUGGUGCUACUGGCUCCCGACGGACGAUCAUUCGAGCGCUCCCUCCGCUUCGGGUUCCAAGCCACCGACAACGAGGCGAAAUACGAGGCGCUCCUUGCAGGACUCAGGUUGGCUCCCGAGAUGCAAGUGGUUGCCAUACGCGUCCUCACCGACUCGCAGUUGGUAGCCGAGCAACUCAGUGGCGGAUACGAGGCUCGGGACCCAAUCAUGGCGAAGUACUUAGCGCAGGAAAAGAACCUGACCGCCAAGUUCUCUCAUUUUACAUUAUCUAAUGUCCCCAGGGGCGAGAACGAGCGAGCCGAUGCACUGGCUAAGCUGGCAUCGAAGUCAACCCCUGAAGCCCGACCCGAAGUCGAGGAGCUCCCUUUCCGUGCCAUCGAAAUUGCUGCUAUGGCCUCGGGCGACGCGCAAACCACAUGGGUACAAGAAAUGCUACAUUUUAAGGGGGAUGAGACCCUUCCCCUUGACGAGGUUACGGCUCGGCGCCUACGUCGUACGCAGGCGUGGUACUCCGAGAUGGGCGGACAACUCUAUAAGCGGUCCUUCUCACGCCCUCUUCUACGGUGCUUGGAUCCCGGCGAAGCUCGGUCGGUUCUGGCCGAGGUCCACGAAGGGGUCUGCGGGGAGCACAUCGGCGGACGAACCCUGGCGCACAAAAUACUUCGCCAAGGGUACUACUGGUCGACUAUGUGCCGAGACGCGAAGACUUAUGUGCAACGGUGCAGCUCAUGCCAGGAGCACGCCCGCGCGCCCCGGCGGCCCACGGUCCCGUUCACCCCCGUCGACUGCGCAUGGUCGUUCACACAGUGGGGGUUAGACUUGCUCGGACCUUUCCCACCAGCCUCGGGACAACGGAAAUACAUCGUCGUGGGAUUGGAUUACUUCACCAAGUGGGUUGAGGUCGAACCACUGGCGACGACCACGGAGCAACAAAUAGAGAAGUUCGUGUGGAGGAGCUUUGUGACUCGGUUUGGCUUGCCCAAGACCAUCAUUACGGACAAUGGGCCUCAGUUCGCCAGCAGAAGAUUCCGGGAAUUCUGUGCAAGCCACGGGAUCCAGCUGAGGUUCAGCUCGGUAGCUUACCCUCAAACGAACGGGCUGCCUGAGGUAAUCAAUCGAUCCAUUCUAGACGGGCUCAAAAGAAGAGUAUCCACAGCUCGAUCGGCUUGGACGGACAAACUCCCGAGCUUCUUAUGGUCAUUGCUCACCACCCCCAAAACCGCGACUGGAGAGUCCCCAUACAGCCUCGCGUUCGGGACCGAAGCUGUCCUACCGUCCGAGGUAGCUAUUCCCACCCUUCGAACAAGAAGCUACGACAAGAAAACCACCAACGAAGGACUUCGAGCCGGCCUUGACAUACUCGAGGAACGGCGUGCCGACGCACACUUGAAGGCCCUCUCUUAUAAAAGUUAA